GUUGAUACGUGAUCAUGGAAGGAUCCGCUCAGUUCUGUCUCCUGGUUGUGCUGCUGUUUGUGGCGUCCGACUCAGCUGAAGCCCAGAAUACACCGUCGUACUUCAAGCUUGGCGGUACGUUGACUCUGAGGCCUCCUUUCUCUGGGACGAUCACCAGCAUCGUUUAUAAGAUCAAAGGUAACCUGGUGGCUGAAUGGGCGGAAAACGGGGUUCAUUUGACUUAUUACAGCAGCUUUAAAGGACACACAACCCUGAACACUGAAACUGGAGAGUUGAAGAUCAGCAACCUGACUAAAGAUGACACUGGAGAGUUUGUAGUAGAGAUCAACAACGUUUUUCCGCCUAUAAUGUUUAAAUAUGUGGAGAUCAAGGAAGUACCUGAUCCUUCUUUGAGGGUGCAACCUUUAGCCUGUGACUCGUCUUCAUCGAGCUGUAGCCUGUUUUGUGAUGGAGACAUUGAAGAGUCUGGACCGGUAACUUUCUCCUGGAAGAAGGGAAACGGAACCUGGAAUGAGUCAGAACAAGUCAUGAACAUCACCAACGAUGAGGAAACUGAAAAAGUAAAGACGUUCUCCUGCAGAAUGAAGAACCCAGUCAGUGAGAAAGAGAGUGAAUCUGAACAGAAUCCGUUCUGGAGAGAGACUCUGGACUCAGGGCUGAACUUAUAGGAGUUGUGGUGAGAUCCUUUGUUGUCCUGUUAGUCUCUGGGCUGCUUGUCUUCCUGCUGUGGAGAAAACGAAAACUUAUCUGUUCCUGUAAAUGUGGAAAAGGAGAUG